CUAUGGGGCAUGUAAACAACACACUCUUGUUUCUUGAAUCUUAUAUGUGGCAGAUUCUUCGACAAGGCUUCCAGUAAUUCAUCUUAACUGCUGAACAUCUAACAUAGCCGUGAACAGAAACGCACACGAAGGUGUAGGCUUUGCAUAGAAGCCUAUGUUAUGUUAUGCGGUAGCAGGGAAACGCAUUUGCCAAGAGAGCUAGUGCCGAGUCCUACGUUGGAAAAAAAUAUAGUAAAUUCCAUUCACGGAGUCAGCUGAUUCAACCACGUGACCUGCUGCUGCGAGUUGCAAACACAAAAUGGAGUUAUCCGACUCGGUACAAAAGGGUCUGCAAUAUCUCGCAGAUCCAGUGCAUUUCGAUUUGAAAACCUUUACAACGUUUACCGAUGCCGCUUUCCAGAGCCUCCUCUCCUCGCAGUCUGAAUGUGGCUUGGACAAUCCCCAACUGAAAAACAUUGACCAAACCAUUCUCAAACACUGCCACCUUGCCUGCACUACUUUCAUACUUGAGAGUGUGAAGCAAAGCGCUGACAAAUCGACAAUAAGCUCGUGCCUAGAGGAUGCCUCGUUUGACACUGAAAGGAUAGACGUGUUUUACAGUUCAUACCAGAAUCAUAAAAGGAUUCUGGAAAGCCUUUUGGAAAGUAUUGGUAGAAGUCCACCCCACAUAACAGAUGUCCUGUGGCGAUUAGACUAUUGCAUCAAGAACAGUCAUGUCCACAAGGUCAACCAGCCAUCGUAUUUGAUCUCCCUUCAUGUUGAGAAUGAUGACAGCGCAGGACCGUCGAAGGAUGUCAACUUUAACUGUACAAUGGAGCAACUUCAGGAUUUGGUGGGGAAGAUGAAGGACGCUGCGAAAAGUUUGGAAAAAGCGACACAGUCAUGAUCACCACAUUUGGCUUGGGAAUAUAGAAAAUGAAGAUAAGGUGUUUUUUUCACUUCGUACAUUCAUGUCGGAUUGGACGGGGGCUCUACAACGUCUUUUGAAUUUACAUUCAGCAAUUCGUGGCCUGUGUUUUAAACCAUACAUUUUGCUAUUAAAUCUUUACUUGAACAUGGAUACUCAA